GCAGGUAAGGAUUUGAAUUAUCAAAUCGUUGAUUAAAUAACACGUGAUACUUGCCGUGGUUAUCUUAAACAAAAUGGCACGACCCUGUCUUAGUCUCCUUGUGUCGCUCAUCAGCUCUGUUUUCAUAGGUGUUGCUGAUGCCAGGUACUGCUACUCCAGAUACAGCAAUGGAAGCUACUACUCCACCUGUACCUAUUCUAGCUACUACUACGUUCCGGUUGGCUCUAUCGUUGGAGCUGUGAUUGGCUGUUUGGCUGGCCUAGCAACGCUGAUUGGACUGUUGGUAUUUUUUUGCUGCAUCCGACCACGUCGCCUAGCAGCCAGGGGUAGAGUACUCCAAGCAACAGCAGGUCCUGCUGCAACAGUGAUUUCUACAUCAACCGCAGCAUCAACUGCGCAGAUGGGUGGUGGUUACGUCAACACAGCUUCCUACCCUCCCGGAACUCAGGCUACCUACCCACAACACUCUUAUCCUCCACAACAACAAGCGCCAUCUACCGGAUAUCAACCGCCUCCAUCCUUCAAAUAAGCAGAAUGGAAAGCAAUUAGUUUUUAUAUUAUCAUGAACUUGCGCUCAAAUAAAAAAAAAUGUUCCAGGCAAUUUUAAUGAAGUGUAACAUUUGUAUUAAUUCAUGUACGAAUACAUUUCCAAUGCUCAAAUAAAAUUAAAUGAUU